AUGGCAGAGGGAGUAUCUCCUCUCUUUUCGCCCAUAUGCAUCGGGGCAAAGAGGUGCUUGGAGCUUCCUAACCGAUUUUUCAUGUUGCCCAUGUAUCUGAACAUGGAACAGGAGCUUACUGUAUGGAGUGAUGAACAUAUGGAUGCUAUGGGAACUUUUUACGCAGAGCGUGCGCGACACGGUGUGAAACUUAUCGUACGUGGCGGCCUAGGUAUUUCCCGGCUGGGAAAGUGGCGUAUGGACAGUAUGGCGCUCGGGAUGUACGACGCGGCAAAGGCUUUUUCGCUCGUCAUGCACGCCGUGCACCUCGAAGGCGGCGCCAUUCUUGCCCAGGCAUUUCAUUCUGGACGUGCCGCGCGGCGUCGAUGGUUUGUCUCCGCCACCUCAGUACCAUCUGCGGUACAGCCGUUUAGAACUGCCCGCCCAUGGCGUGUGCCGGGGAUUCUGGUGGAAUAUAUUGUCUCAGAGCACGCAUGA